AUGUCGCCUACAGCCACAAUGAUCUUUCUUUCUCUUCAGAUCAUUAUAUCUUUUCUCUUUACCGCCACUGCCUCAUCAUCACCUCCCGGCGGCUUCACCAUCGACGUAAUCAACCGUCGCUCUACCUCUAAUUCAUCUUCUUCUUCUCGUUUCUCUAAAACAGAUGAUGGUGAGCUUGGAUCACCCUACGCCAACACCGUCUUUACCACCUCCGAGUAUCUAAUGAAGCUACAAAUCGGUACUCCUCCGGUAGAGAUCGAGGCUCUCAUAGACACGGGAAGUGACAUCGUAUGGACACAAUGUUUGCCUUGUCUUAGCUGCUACGACCAACAAGCUCCCAUAUUCGACCCUUCAAAAUCAUCAACCUACAAAGAGAAGCCAUGCAACGAGGACCCUAACAACCCUUGUCGUUACGAGACUCACUACGCAGACCAAAGCUAUUCCAAAGGAACCUUCGCGACCGAGACGGUCACGUUCCAAUCUACUACAGGACAACCUUUUGUGAUGCCUGAAACUACCAUUGGUUGUGGUCACAACAACUCACUGGCUUCAGCUCCAGCCGCUUCGGGCAUUAUUGGUCUAGCACGGGGAGAUUCGUCUCUCAUCACUCAGAUGGGCCAAAACUUUUAUAGUUUUUUCUCUUACUGUUUUUCUCGUAAGGAAACUAGUAAGCUCAACUUUGGAAGUAACGCUGUCGUGUCAGGAGAUGGGACUGUAUCAACCACUAUGUUUACAAGGACGGAGAAACCCAUCUUCUACUACCUAAACCUAGACGCGAUAAGCGUCGGAGAGAACCGGGUUGAGACAUUAGGGACACCGUUUUACUCCUUAGAAGGCAACAUUAUCAUAGAUUCGGGAACCACUUACACCUACUUGCCCGAUAGCUUUUGUAACAAAGUGAAGGAUGCUGUGGAUAGCGUGGUGAAGGUUGCGAGAGAACCUUUUUCAGGGGAUAUGUUUUGUUACAAAACUGCUGACACAGAGAUAUUUCCGGUGAUCACAAUGCAUUUCUCGGGUGGUGCGGAUCUUGUGUUGGAUAAAUACAAUAUGUAUGAUAAUACUGGAGAUAGCUAUUGUUUGGCGAUUUCGUGUGUUGGUCCGACGGAAGAUGCAAUCUUUGGGAACAGAGCUCAGAACAAUUGGUUGAUUGGUUAUGAUACUUCUUCUGAGCUUGUUUCUUUUAAGUCCACUGAUUGUGCUGCGUUGUACUAG